AUGGCCAACAGCAGCGGCACCGGCAGCUCAGGUCCCUGGUGGAAAUCGCUAACAAACAGCAAAAAGAAAAGCAAGGAAGUCACAGUGGGGGCACAGCCUCUAGCUCAGCCGGCUCCAGGAGAGUCUGCACCACACACACCACCCAGCCCAGACUGGACUAGCAGUUCUCAGGAGAACUUGCACCCCAAUCUCUCUGGGUGUGCCGGUGACCCCCACAAGCCAGACAAGUCAUAGGGAGAGAAAUCGAUCCACAGCUGCCGCAAUUUGAAGAUUUCGCCUUCUGUGCACUUCAAGGAAAAGAGGAAGGUGCGCGCCACCCUACUCCCUGAGGGAGUCAAAUCCUCGGAGGAGGUGGGCGCCCCUGAUGACCCCCACGAAGACAAACAAUAG